GGGUGCAUCGGAGCGUGUGAGGAUCCCUUCUUCUAGCUUCCGAGACAGCGGCGAUUGGUCGGCCGUGCCGGCUGAAUGACCCGCGAAUAAACGACGCCCGAUGUACCGUGCCGCGCGUGACAACGAGUGCUUUUUCGUCGCGAGUGCCUUACCUGUCUACGAACUUGUGUGUUGCGAAGGAAUCCGACGAUCGUCUGUGAUGUCCUCCGCCGGUGGGAGACUGGCAUCCGUUUGAGCUAUAGCACUCCAUUUGUCGAUGUAAACAUCGUGCCCGAGAACAAUAGAUGACGCGGUGACUUCGAUUGGAAAACAUCGAUGAUCGCUUUGGAAAGUAUUAUGUUCGGCUCGUUUUCAAUUCGAAGGUGUCUUGCAGUUGCUGAUGAAACUCUCUACCGAUAAAGCCGCCGAGACGGAUUGCCGGUCAUCUAGAAGUAAAUCUAAGCAGAAUCGCGUGAUUCGAUCACGUCGAAGAUAUAAUAUUGAGCACGACGCAACGAGUCCAUACUGCUGAUCGUGACUCCGGUCUGACCUGAUUUUCCACAUAAAGUUGUGUUUUUAUAUUCAUCGUUAAACUGAUGGCUUUAUAGUGAUAACUUUUAAAGUUUAAUGAGAUUAACCAUAAAUAGGAAAAUAAUUUUUACAUUAUCAUCGAGUUGAAUCUAAACUACAACUAGAACAUGAAAAACAUUCAUAGAAUCGACUUCCUUACGUGGAUUCCGAUUCUACGUUUUCAUCGUGGAACACUUUCAUUCACGAGAAUCCGCUUCCAUCACCGGAUUGAAUGAACCUGCCGGCGUUGUACAGCUGGUGCAUUGAUCUAGGAAGUUGAGCAAUUUGUUAGUCGAAAUUACCUGUGCUUUAUUAUCGACGGACACGUAGGUCAACGGAAGAUGGCAACGGGAAGAGUCAAUGUCGAUGACCGAACGGAUUUGAUAUUUAAAUUCAUGCUAAUGCAUUCGAUAUCACAUUGAUAACGCUUCAUACAUGAGAUUAAAGUGAAUCGGUUGAUCGCUGUUCGUCCUAAAUUAGGUUCACUUGUGCUUUAUCCGAGUCAUCCUUCGACUAUUUAAUCAGAAUAAUUAAUUUGACUCGAAGAGAUUCCAUAAUCGGUUUGUUACAGAUGUAACCGCGUAUUUAUAAUGACUUGUUAGAGCGAACUCGGGUAGAACAAAUUUCUAAAAGGUUCCUUAAAGAUGUUUGAAAGAUAUCUAAAAAAAGAAGAACGCCUUUAAGACAUGUCUUAGACAUUUAUUCUACCUGGGAAGAAUGUCGAAAAUCGAACGAGUGAAUGACUCAUCUACUCACCGAUUCUUUCGCAGAAGAUCGAAAGUUAACAAAUGCAGAUACUCUCCUGAACUGCUCUAUGUUAACAUUCUGCGUUCAAAGUAAAAUGAGAACAACGAUAUUCAUCACAUCUAUCAUAUUUAGCAGAAUACGAAAGCGGAAGAAAUUUAAAAGAAAGCAUAGAAUAUGCAGCUAUAGAGAACAAAUCGAGUAGGCCGUGUUCGUUGCAACUUGCAGGAUUCACCGACAGUUGGCAUUAUCGAGCAGGGCAUUUCUAGGGUUCUAAAAGAAAGCUUCCGGCGGAAGAUGCAACCCGCGUAAUUUUCCUAUGCCUAGGUAAUUUUUCGUUUACUUUUUCUCGAGAAAAGUUUCUGGGACGUUAGAAAUUCGCUAUUCGUUAGCCAACCGACGCAUCUGACGAGCUAUCUUAUCGUGAUAUCGAUUGCCGUGAAGUAUCGAGAUAUGUUGAUUAAUGGGAGCGAGGUUUAAUUAGGUAUAAGCCGUGUAAACAAUGCUACCUUUAUCCUUAUUAAGGACUGCGCAAAACCACCCUAUGUUGGUGGAGCUGAAAAACGGGGAAACAUACAAUGGACAUUUAGUUAGUUGCGACAACUGGAUGAACGUUAAUCUCAGAGAAGUCAUUUGUACUUCAAGGGAUGGUGACAAGUUCUGGAGGAUGCCAGAGUGUUAUAUUAGAGGCAGUACAAUAAAGUAUCUGAGGAUUCCCGAUGAAGUGAUAGAUAUGGUAAAGGAGGAUGUACAGAUGAAAUCGAGGGGACGUGGUGAAAUUAAAGGUCGAGGCCAGAGUCAGAGAGGACGUGGUGGUGGAAGAGGUACUUUUGGCAGAGGUGGCAGAGGACCAGCACCGUUGGGCCGUGGGGGAGGGACACAAGUGGGGAAUAAAUCACAAAAUAAACCGAGGCCAAAAUAAAAUCAAAUAUUUAUUGAGCUGUAGUUCAAUCAUUUUGUAAAAAAAUAUUUUUGCCCUACAAGUAAUCUCAUGAAAUUGUACACUGUCAUGUUGUUUGUUGCCGCACAAUCAUCUUGUAUAUGAAACAUUAAUAAUAGCUAAUGGUUCAAUUUC